AUGUUAAAAAAAAUAUGUCUGUCAAUUAUUUUGAAUGGACGAAACUAUUGUCAAUCCACAGUCAUAAAAUCACGACCAUUGGAAGGCAUUCGAAUUUUGGAUAUGACUCGAAUAGUAGCGGGUCCUUAUUGUUCAAUGAUUUUAGCCGAUAUGGGAGCUGAUGUGAUAAAAGUUGAGAAACCUAAUACUGGAGAUGAGAGUCGCCGAUUUGGACCUCCGUUUGCUGAUAUUCCUGAAUAUGGAUUACUAAGUUUGUACUUUAUUGCACUAAAUCGAAAUAAGAGAAGCAUGUCUUUAGAUUUUCAGACUCCAACUGGAAAAAAAAUUCUUUGUCAAUUGGUUGAAACUUCGCAUGUUUUUAUUGAGAAUUAUGUUCCUGGAACAUUGGAUAAAUAUGGACUGGGGUAUGAAAAUCUUCGUAAAAUUAAUGAAAAACUAAUUUAUUGUUCCAUAUCCGGCUAUGGAACAAAGGGUCCGUGGUGCAAAAAGCCAGGAUAUGACAUUAUAGCAGCAUCACUUGGAGGUUUAUUGAAUGCUACCGGUAAAGUUGAACCAGUUAAGGUAGCAGUACCAGUCACCGAUUUGAUGACAGGAAUGUAUGCACAUGGUGCUAUUUUAGCUGCUCUACAUCGAGGGUUAGGUGACAAAAUAGAAUGCGACCUUAUGUCAACUCAACUAUCAAUGAUGAUUAAUUUAGGAUCCAACUAUUUAAAUUCAGGGAUUCAGACUAAACGAUGGGGCACAGAACACGAAAGCAUUGUACCAUAUAAGGCAUUUAAGACUUUAGAUGGAUUUUUUACUCUUGGUGCAGGUAGUGAUUGUCAGUUCAAAUCAUUUUGUGAAUUAAUUCAUAGACCUGAAUUGGCUAAAGAUGAACGAUUUAUGACUAAUGUUUCUCGCGUUAAAUAUAGAGAUCAAUUGUAUAGAAUAAUUGAGCCAAUAUUAGCAUCUAAAACAAAUUGCGAAUGGACAAACACUUUUAAUGGAGCACCAUUUCCUUGUGGAUCAGUAAAUGAUUUGUCACAAGCGUUUAAUAAUGAACAUUCAAAGGCCAUAAAUAUUGUACAAGAAAUUGAUUGUACCUAUAAUAUUAAAUUAAAAUUAGUUGGCCCUGCAGUGACCUUCCAGAACACUAGUAAUAAAAUUAUAAGAGAACCUCCAUUAUUAGGUCAACAUACAGACGAGAUAUUGAAGUCACUGGGAUUAGAUGUAAAUGAAAUUAGCAAAUUACGAACAGAAGGAGUGGUGUAAUACUUGUUCUAUUUUUUUUUAUGCGAAUACUUAUUCUCAUUCAUUUUGAAUGUGUACGAGUUUUUCUUAUAUAAAUCGUUAAUUAGAAAAAAUAGAUUUCUAUUGUUAAAAAAAAUUGUAUUACCUUGUAA